AUGGGCGCCGCGGCCCUGCGCGCCCUACCCUGGGCCCUGCUGCUGCUGGGGCCGCUGCUGCCCGGCCAGGGCUUGCAGGCCAACCCCACGCUGGCCUCCGAGCCCCCGCAGGGCCAGCCGCUGCCGCGGCCGGGGGGCGAGAUCGGGGGCUUCACCCCCGCGCCGCCCGCCUCCCCCCAGGAGAUCCAGCCGCUGAACAAGCAGCCGGGCAACGGCUCGGGCGAGGGGCACGCCAAGCCCCGCAAAGCCUUCCCCGUCCUGGGCAUCGACUACGACCGCAUCCGCAUCCCCUUCGAGAUCUCCCUCUGGAUCCUGCUGGCCUGCCUCAUGAAGCUGGGCUUCCAUGUGAUCCCUUCAGUAUCCAACAUCGUUCCCGAAAGCUGCCUGCUCAUCGUGGUGGGCCUUUUAGUCGGGGGGCUCAUCAAAGGGGUGGGUGAAAAGCCCCCCAUCCUCAAGUCGGACAUCUUCUUCCUCUUCCUCCUUCCACCCAUCAUCUUGGAUGCCGGCUAUUUCCUUCCCUUGCGCCAAUUCACCGAGAACCUGGGCACCAUCCUCAUCUUCGCUGUGGUGGGGACGCUCUGGAAUGCCUUCUUCUUGGGUGGCCUGAUGUACGCCGUGUGCCAGCUCGGCGGUCCCGGCCUGAACCACAUCGGCCUCCUGGCCAACCUGCUCUUCGGCAGCAUCAUCUCGGCCGUGGACCCGGUGGCUGUGCUGGCCGUCUUUGAGGAGAUCCACAUCAACGAGCUGCUCCACAUCUUGGUCUUCGGGGAGUCCCUGCUGAAUGACGCUGUCACGGUCGUCCUCUACCACCUCUUUGAGGAGUUUGCCAACUUCGAGCAGGUGACCAUUAUUGAUAUCAUCCUCGGCUUCCUCAGCUUCUUCGUGGUGUCUCUGGGCGGUGUCUUUGUGGGCGUCAUUUAUGGGGUGAUCGCUGCCUUCACGUCCCGCUUCACUUCCCACAUCCGAGUCAUCGAGCCCCUCUUCGUCUUCCUCUACAGCUACAUGGCCUAUCUCUCGGCUGAGCUCUUCCACCUCUCCGGCAUCAUGGCGCUCAUCGCUUCUGGCGUGGUCAUGCGGCCCUAUGUGGAAGCCAACAUCUCCCACAAGUCCCACACCACCAUCAAGUAUUUCCUCAAGAUGUGGAGCAGCGUGAGCGAGACCCUCAUCUUCAUCUUCCUGGGUGUCUCCACCGUGGCUGGCCACCACUACUGGAACUGGACCUUCGUCAUCAGCACGCUGCUCUUCUGCCUCAUCGCAAGAGUUUUGGGUGUCCUGGUCCUCACCUGGUUCAUCAACAAGUUCCGAAUUGUGAAGCUGACACCGAAGGACCAGUUCAUCAUAGCCUACGGGGGCCUGCGGGGAGCCAUCGCCUUCUCCCUCUGUUACCUUCUGGACUAUAAGCAUUUCGGCAUGAGGGACAUGUUCCUCACAGCCAUCAUCACGGUCAUCUUCUUCACAGUCUUCGUGCAGGGCAUGACCAUCCGGCCCUUGGUGGACCUGCUGGCCGUGAAAAAGAAGCAAGAGACAAAACGCUCCAUCAACGAAGAGAUCCACACGCAGUUCUUGGAUCACCUUCUGACAGGGAUCGAGGAUAUCUGUGGUCACUACGGGCAUCACCACUGGAAGGACAAGCUGAAUCGCUUUAACAAGAAGUACGUGAAGAAGUGCCUGAUUGCGGGGGAGCGGUCCAAGGAGCCCCAGCUCAUCGCUUUCUAUCACAAGAUGGAGAUGAAGCAGGCAAUCGAGCUUGUGGAGAGUGGGGGCAUAGGCAAGAUCCCCUCCGCUGUCUCCACCGUCUCCAUCCAGAACAUCAACCCCAAGACCCUCCCCGUGGAGCGCAUCCUUCCGGCCCUGUCCAAAGACAAGGAGGAGGAGAUCCGGAAAAUCCUUCGCAACAACCUGCAGAAAACCAGGCAGAGGUUGCGAUCCUACAACCGGCACACGCUGGUGGCUGACCCCUACGAGGAAGCCUGGAACCAGAUGCUCCUGCGCAGGCAGAAGGCCCGGCAGCUGGAACAGAAGAUGAACAACUACCUGACGGUGCCGGCUCACAAGCUCGAUUCGCCCACCAUGUCCCGGGCUCGCAUAGGCUCAGACCCACUGGCCUACGAACCCAAGGCGGACUCGGAGAACCUGCCCAUCAUCACCAUCGACCCAGCCUCCCCGCAGUCCCCGGAGUCUGUGGACCUGAUGAACGAGGAACCCAAGGGCUGUGGCGGCCUCCCGCCCUCGCCCGAGGAGGAUGAGGAGGGGCUGGUGAUGCGGGUGAAGGAGCCUUCCUCCCCGGGUACUGACGAUGUCUUCACCCCGGGGACCGGCGACAGCCCCAGCAACCAGCGGAUGCUGCGAUGCCUGAGCGACCCGGGGCCUCGGCCGGAGCCGGAGGAGGGGGAACCCUUCAUCCCCAAGGGGCAGUAGCAGCUGGCGCGUGAAGCCUCACGUGAUGCUCCGUACGGUUUCUCUCUCUCUUCAUUUGUUCCUCUUUCUUUGCUCUCCUUUUUGGUUUCCUCUGUCACUACACACCGGGUUUGGGAAGGGGAGACCGUCCUGGUUGGACUGGGAUUGCCAGGACAGCUCUGCCCAGCAAGCCCUGGGCUGGCCCCGAGGAGCGGGGAAGGAGCCCCUGGGACGCACUGGGCUCCUCGGCUGCUGUGGUCUGGGAGUGACGGACGAUUUACCGCCCAGGACUGGGAUUUGCAGGUGCCUCGCAGCCCCGGCGGGGUUUUCCCGGAGGCUGCCCACCCACUCAGGACCUGCGAGCGGCUCCUCGGGGUGGCUGCGGCCGGCACAGGGUGGGCUGUGGCUGGGGAGCUGGGGGUGUCCGUGGAGGCUGCCCCACGGCACUGCUUCGCCUUUUCCCGGCUUGCGUUUUACCUGCCCCCUCGCCUUGCUCCGGAGUGGAGAGAUGGGAAGAUGGGAGCCAGGUUCUGCACCAGGGCUGGUGCACCCACCACCUCACCCGGCACCCUCCCAGGGAUCCUCGGGCUUGUGCCGCUGCUCCCUGCCUUGGCCGCUUCCCCCGUGGGGCCGGCUGCCGCCCGGGAACCUCUCCUCCAGCCCUGCAUUUCACACGAGGUCUUGUUAAAUAAAUACCCUAUAGCCAUGCAAGGGGGGAGCUGGGUCCCCCCUUGUUUUGAGCAGCCCCGCAAGCCUGGGCCUCUCUGUCCCUCCUGGAACCGCUACCUGUCACCCGGCCCCACGGGGACCCUCUGCCAGCCUCGGCCCCUCGCCCUGUGCCUGCCCGGCAGCGUGGCAGCGGCACCGGCUGUUCCUUAACCAAAGACGGCGUCCGGGCUCCCCGUGCACGGGAACGGGGCAUGCAGGGGGGUGCGUUUAUAUAUUGGGGGGAUUAUUUUUCUCCCUGCAACUGAGAGGAGCUGGGGAAGAGCCGGGGGUCGGCUCACCCAGCAUGGGGACACGUUGGGGCUGGGAGUUUGGCAGGAGGGGGACAGUCUCCCCGCUCCAAGGGGAAAAACUGGGGGUGUCAGGUGUCCUGAGCUUGGAAGGACCCGUCUUUCCCCCAGGCUUGGCUGGGAGGGAGCACUGGGUGUUUAGGUGACUUGCACCCCUGCCCGGGCUCAGGGAGUCCGGCAUCAUACUCAAGCGUGUCACCUCGUCCCCCACAUGCCACCCAGCUCCCACCACAUGCCACCCUUCACCGUGGGUGCUGCCUCUUCCAUGCCGCGGGGUGCUCAUCACCCCCCCACUGGGGAGCCCGGGCUGCUUCCCCCUCCCCGCGUCGUGCCUUGCCACGCAUCCUCUCUGCCCCGCUGCCUUGGUGGGCACCCGUCCCACGCGCCCACCCGCUCCGCGUCCCAAC